CUAUCAACAUUGCCAUCGAUUGUUUGCCAGCUCCAAUCAACUGACCAUCAGUCACAGAGAUUAUGGAGACACCACCAACAAAACCACCUAGAAGAGCUGUUAAAUAUGGAAAAGACGAGGCGGGUUGCGGUCUUAUUGUUAAUGUUAUCAAAUCUCUGGGUCUGAGUGAGACCAAUGAGGAACGGCAAAGGGAAAAACAAAAAAUCGAAAAGGAAUUCAAAAAGUCCGAUCAACGUCUCAAUGAUUUGGUAUCCAAACAUGACCAGCAGUUGUCGCAGGUCAUACCCUUGUUUACCAAAGUCUCAUCGGAGAUCAAUGGUAGUCGUGAGAAAAUCCACACGGUUAAAGAGAAUCUAAAUGCCUGUAAGCGUUUGCUGCAAUGCAGACGAGAGGAACUAAAGAAAAUGUGGACAGAUGCAGUGCAGCAUAAAUAUGUUUUGGCCAUGUUGGAAGAAAUUAAUGACUUACGCAAAGUGCCUCAAAGUGUGGUUAGCUAUACCUCCAAACGCCAGUAUUUGCAUGCCAGUAAAGAGCUAACCGAUGCCCUGACCCAGAUAAAUGGCCCGCUAAAAGAUGUUGAGGGUUUGGCCGAUAUACGCAGCGACUUAAUGGGUCGCCGCCAGCAUCUCUAUCAAAGGCUGCACGAAGAAUUGGUAUCGCAAAUCUAUCACAAUUCGGCCCAAGAUGUUCUGUCAGCAUUUCAACGUUCCAAUUCGAAUCGUUUGAAUCAAGGCUUCUCACGCAACAUAACGGCACGACGUUCCACAGAUCGCAUCGAGGCAAAUGCCCGCAUACGCAAGGCCUUACAGGAAAUGGCUCAGGGUGUUGAUCCCACCAAAACGGAAAUCAUUGAAGACAUUGAUCUGUUAGAUCCUGAGCUUAGUAUGACAUAUUUUAUUGCCAUAAUCGUCGAAUGUUUCGGUAUGUUGGGUAAAGUGCCAGACUCCAUAGAAAAGCUACGAGUGGGCAUUCAAACGGAGCUGUUGGAGGUGGUGCGUAAUACAACACGUCAAUUGAUUGAUUCACCCUUGAUUUCGAAUGAAAGUUAUCCGCUGUUGACACUGCUGGAGGUGAUUUUUAAACAAUUCAAAUCGAUUGCCCGCACCCACACCACGGUGCUGAGACAUUUCUCAGCUGUUGUCCAGAAAUAUCAAAUUGUUGGUCCGCCGCAUUACAGUUUAACGGAUUUUUGGUCACAAGCCCAGUCGGUGUUGCAAUUACUUUUAACCGAUUAUCUAGACAUACAGAAUGCUUCCGCUGAUGAUUCCUCACAGUCAUCGUUUGCUGAGCCAACCAGUAACAUUAAUGCCUUUUUCCUAAGACGUAAAGUUCCAAGUGCAAAGAAAUCCAUUUUUAAAUUCGAUAAAUCAUCAACGAAAUCCACACCUAGCAAUGAGCCAAACAAAGGACAUCGUCGCAAUGCAUCCGACGCCUCAAUGGAUAAUCUAAAUGCUGCCUUAAAUGCCAGUGGUGGUAAGGCUGGGGCUAACUACAGCUUUAAGUCAAAUCUUCCGUAUGAAAAACAGAGGGAGAAACUUCUCAUCUGCACGCCAGAUCAAACGGUCAUAACCAAGGUGUAUUUGCCCCUAAUGGGUUAUAUUCAAGAAAUUGAAAACUUUAUGAAAUGUAAACCAGGACAACCCUGCAGCCUGCACGAUUUCAUUGACAACUACAUCAAGGACACGUUUUUGUCGAAGGGCCAUAACUCGCAUUUGAAAAUGACCAUUGAAACCUUGUCGAAAAACCAGGAUGUGUGGCGUACAAUUAUUUCGCCCGAGGAGAGGGCGGCCUUGGGUUUGACCCGACCCAUUUUGCAAUCUACGGCGAGAGUGGAAAAAUGUCUGUCGGAAACCAAACAACUUAUACAAGAUUUACCCUGUUAUUCAGAGGAACUUUUGAAGACGGUGUGUUCAGUGCUAAGGGAUUAUCGUGUCAUUUGUAAUGAUGCCUAUUUGGGUAUUGUGCAACCGGAUGCAGAGGAUAGGCGUAUCUACAGUGUGACGUGGUUGAAUGAUGAAGAUAUUAGUCGGUUCUUAAAGACCCUCCCCAACUGGACGGAUUUGAAGAACUCCCAUCAGCGACCAAAGCAUGGCAAACGUCUACAACGAAGUCAAUAUGAUGCCUCUGAGGAAGAGAGCCCUCUGCAAAUCCAGCAACGUAAUAUACGUGAGGCUGAAAUGUUGACCAGUAAUCUGGGUGAGGGUGGCAUUUCUCAGCAGGAAAUUUUGGGUGAUGUUAGUGUCCUCAAAGAAUUGGCAAUUCUCCAGGAAAGUAUGGAAUGGUUCUCCAUAAGAAUUUCGGAAUUUGCCAAUGAACUGCGUAGACCCUUGGUAAAUGGCUUGAAUUCGGUGGCACCAGAGUGUGCGGCAUAUGCCACCGUCAAGGAUGGCACCAUUAAGGUCUUGACAAAUUUGGCCCUGGAGUUUGAUGAAUUGGCCAAUACCUGUUUGCUGGUAUUACAUUUGGAGGUACGUGUCCAAUGUUUCCAUUAUUUGCGCUCCAAGCCCCAGCGCACAAGGGCUGAUGCAUUUAUUGAUUCCAAAGAUGAUGUUUUGGAACCGGACAGACAGGUGCAGAUUCUGACCAAACGUCUGUCCGAAUUGGAUGAGGCCUUUAGCACAACCCUGCAUCCCCGGAAAACAAGGUACAUUUUUGAGGGCCUCGCCCAUUUGGCGGCCCUGAUCCUGAUACAGGCCUCCAACUAUAUAGAACAAAUUGAUCAAAUAACGGUUAAACGUAUUUGCCGCAAUGCCUCAGCCUUGCAGCAAACCUUGAGCAACAUAACCGCUUCUCGGGAAGUGGCUCUCGAUCAAGCCAAACAGUUUUAUGAGCUGCUGUGCAUGGAACCAGAUGUCAUACUCACAACCCUUGUAGAACAAGGUUUGCAAUUUUCCGAAAUGCAGUAUUUAAAUGCCUUGCAAUUGUCGUGUAAAGCCCGAGGCAUAACCGAUUCAAAUACCCUGGCCAAUUAUCAGCAUAAAUUAUCUGAUAUUUUGGGAGCAAAACCCUCAACGGGUGUCAUGGUCUAAAGAAGAAGAAUUUUGAGGAAACCUCAAACCAAAAGAAAACUAAAAUUUGUAUUUCCACAUUCAAACAUCUCUAAGGUGACCGAACCCCCCAUACACUCACACUCCUCUUUUAAUUUAAUUUAGUUUUGUAAGACUGUUUCCAAGCUUUUCGACAUUUUCCACCAAGACCUUUUUCUUUCUUUCCUCACUUCCUCCUAGGAAGCUGGCUUCAGCAAAUAACUUUCUGGCAAAAGAACAUAAAACCCAAUAUCCACAUAAUGAAUACAAAUGUGUAUAAAAAAUACAAACUCAUAUUAGUAACGAAAACAACGUUCAAUUCACUAGGUGAUGAUGAUAAUGAUGUUCAUACAAAAAAAAAUUGCUUAACUAUAAUAUUGUUCAUUAUAAUUAAUUAUAUAUUUACUGAAUAUAGAAAUAUAUCUAUCGAAUGAUGCGGAUGUUGUAUAUCAUUGUAACAAUAAAAUAAAACAAACUGAA